AUGUCGACCGUUAUCACUCCAGAGGAAAUCCAAGCUUUCGACCUAGACCUCCUGACAGCCCCGACAAUCAAAUACAUCAGCAUUGCUGCUUUGACGCUCUUUACGUGGGACCUCGUCCUAACUUUUCCUCACGAGGUUAGAUUAUGGAACACCAGAUGGACGUUUACAAAAUUUCUGUUUUUCACGAAUCGAUACUUCGCGUUUGGAACAGCUAUCCUAAUGACAUUCUUGACGUUCGACGUCACACCAACCGAUGCUAUGUGCGUUGUCUCGUCGUUUUCUGUUGCUAAUGCUCAUUCAGAACAGAUAUCAGGUUCUGUAAAUGCGUUCUUUGCCGUCAUUGCAUUAUUACUGCCCCAAGUGAUUCUCCAACAUCGAGUAUUUGCGCUGUACGGAUAUGACAAAAAGAUUGUCGUCCCCGUGUCGGUGCUGUUCAUCACGAUCUUCAGCUUUAUGAUGAUGAUGGCAGUGAUUGUAUACCUGUAUGAGAAGGACCACGAAGCCCAGAUCUUUGGUGCAUGCUGUUUGCUUGGAUCCGUGGAUUGGCUAUAUCUCUUUUGGGUACCCAUGAUGGGCUUGGACUUUGUUCUUGUCGUGUUGGCAGGCUACAAAUCUCUUCAGCACUAUUUCCGAGUACCAGACAAGACCUGGUCUGGUGCACGUCUUAUGCGUACCUUUGCGCGAGACUCCGUCCUUUAUUUUAUUUGCAACUUUUUAAUAUAUCUAUUCAGCACCUUGCUGGGCAAAUUCGGUUCUUCUGUGUAUUAUCAACUUGGUGCGAUCACGAUUACAGUCGUCCCACCUGUAUCGGCGAACCAUCUCCUCAUCAACUUGUAUAACUCUGCACACGACGAGCAGCCCACUUGGACGAUGGCCUCAGAAGUUAAAACUUCCCUGCAACUUGCGAGAGACACGUCGAGGUCUGUCUUUCGUACAUCCGACGAAGUUAUUUGA